AAGAGGCUCAGUACCUGCACAAGAUAACUGACGAGACACAAGCAGACUGCAGUAUGAAGAUCCGUGUCGAGGUCCAGCUGUUGGCGAUGGUGGUUGCACUGUACCUGGCUUUAGGUAUGAGUGACGGCCUGGUGAUAGACAAGUGUGAACUGGGGGACGAAUUGAACUCGACCCUACCUGCAAACCUUUUGGACCAGAUCACCAACCUGGUGGCCAAGAUUGUGUGCCAUGUGGAGCUGAGCUCUCACUUCAACACCAGCACCAUCAAUCAUAUCACUGGACCCAACAUUCAAAGUUUCAUCCGUGGAGGUCAUGGAGGACGCAAGAGCAGGUCUGCAGAGUCAAGCAGUGAGGAGUCCAGUGAGGAAGACUCAUCCAAUGGUGCAGGACACCGAAAGAUAUCUGCAUCGGGGUCCAGCAGUGAUGAGUCCAGUGAGGAAGACAUCCAGGUGCCUAAACGUGGUUUCAAUUCUUCGAUGGUUAAUCCAGUCACUCAUCCUCAUGGUAACAACUCAUCCAGCGGAGGAGGUCAUGGAGGACGGAAGGGCAGGUCUGCAGAAUCCAGCAGUGAUGAGUCCAGUGAGGAAGACAUCCAGGUGCCUAAACGUGGUUUCAAUUCUUCGAUGGUUAAUCCAGUCACUCAUCCUCAUGGUAACAAGUCAUCCAGCGGAGGAGGUCAUGGAGGACGCAAGGGCAGGUCUGCAGAGUCCAGCAGUGAUGAGUCCAGUGAGGAAGACAUCCAGGUGCCUAAACGUGGUUUCAAUUCUUCAAUGGUUAAUCCAGUCACUCAUCCUCAUGGUAACAAGUCAUCCAGCGGAGGAGGUCAUGGAGGACGCAAGGGCAGGUCUGCAGAGUCCAGCAGUGAUGAGUCCAGUGAGGAAGACAUCCAGGUGCCUAAACGUGGUUUCAAUUCUUCGAUGGUUAAUCCAGUCACUCAUCCUCAUGGUAACAAGUCAUCCAGCGGAGGAGGUCAUGGAGGACGCAAGGGCAGGUCUGCAGAGUCCAGCAGUAAAGAGUCUGAAGAGAGAACCACGUGGACUUUGUACGGGUUGUUCCAGCUGCCCGGUCACAUUGCCUGCACCUCUGGGCUUGAACCCUCUCUCAACGUCUGCAGUAUGGCCUGUGACAAACUGAUCGAUGACAAUAUCAGAGAUGACAUCACCUGUGUUGAGACCAUCAUCAAAAAAAUGUUGUCAGAAGGAAGGAGUCAUGGUCCAAAUAAAGCAGUUUUCAGCAAAUUGUUAGCUUCUUUCUUCCAGAAGGAGUGCAAGAAUGUGGAGGACUUUGAGUACUUCUCCACUUGUUAAAACAGACUGCAGGCCAAGCAAACAUCUCGACUCAAUUCUACUCAAACAAUUUCACUUGUUAACUAAAUUUUAAAUUAAAAAACAAUUACAAUCACACAAUUUUGAUAGAUUAUGGCUACACUGAGUUAAUUAACCCUGGGUUAAAUUAGUGGUCACGUGAUCGCACUUCAACACACUGAAUGAGUCGGGAGCACACAGCCGUUUUAGCCUGUAGCAUGCCAUGAAUUUCUUUCUUUUCCUCCUCAUGUCUACUUCAUUAUCAAUUUAUUAUUCCUAACUGAUCAAUAUCUAUGAUUAUCACAGAAUUCCUGUUGUGUAUUUAGUCUGAAAACAGAGCUGCCUCUAAGGUAUUCCGUCAUAUCCGCUUGUGUGUUAUAAAAAAGAUCAAAAUUUUAUUAAAUUGGCCAAGAGGAAGGGAGAAAACUGUCAGAGUAAAAAUGUAUCUUAAUUGGCACGACGUCGCAACUCGUUUGCUAAUUGGCAAGAUGUCGGGACAGCAUUGUUUUUCAGCCAAGCUUCCGUGUAAUAUGUGAUUUAGGCUCCCUUAUUUAACAACAUAAUUUUCUAAUAAGAACAUACAUUAACUAAACUUUUAACCCAAAUCCAUUGACAUCUUCCCAAUUAGCAAACGAGUUGCACGUGUCGUCAUUGAGACGUCAUUUGAGACGUCAUUUCUGCGUGUGUGUGUGUGUGUGUGUGUGUGAAAGCGUGUUACCUGGGAUCUGGAUUAAGUGGGUUAAAUAGUCUAUUUGGCCACACAAGAACAGACACCAACACAGAUUUAUUUUUGCCAGCUGUGACAAGACAAAGAGAGAAAAGUUCUAAUAAAACCAGAUAAGUGUUAAGUUUCAAAAGAAUAUGCUGUUAAUUUUAUCCUUUUUUUCCCCCUGCCUUUUCAUGUUCAAUUUCUUCUCUCAUUUAAAAGCAUCAAAAAUGUUUUGUUUGAAUAAAAUCUGACAAGACA